AUGAAAAAGAAUUCGCCUGGAAUUACGUUGAACAAGUCUAGAAAUUUCACGAGCAACAAAUCUUCGUCUCAAGGAACUCAAAACCAGGUUGAUAAAACAGUUGUCAAAGGUAUUGAUUCUCAAGUUCAAACUAAAACAUACGAUCAAACAUCAAAAAAAAAUAUUUCAGGUUAUUCUGUUAAUGAUUAUGAAACAAACAUUGUUUCUCACUCUGAUAAUAACUCAGAUAGCUCUAAAAUAGUUUGUAGCAGUUCAUUUCAUUUACCAUACGAUUUAAAAGAAAUUCCAGAACCAAAAAUUAGAAAUGAAUUAGUAAGAAAAAAAAUUUUAAAGUUGGAAUCUUACUUAUCUCUUUGUGAAGAAUUUUAUUUAGGUAAUACUUCAAAGACAGAAUCAGUUUCCGAUAUAUUUCAAUCACUGAUUGUUUCUCAUAAUAUUGACCCUGAAGAACAAUACAAUGCAUUUUUGAAGAGACAGUCAAAUAAUAAUGGCUACACGAAGUCAAGUACAAAAACAAACAUAAAAAACUCCCAUUUGCUUGAACCUAUUACUAAUGCAAAGAGUAUCAUAUCUCCUUUACAAUUACUUACACAUCCAUUUAGAAACAGAGAGGUAAUUGAUUUAUGGGGUCCACACGAAGUAAUUCUUUUUGAAUGUGGAGUUUGUAAGUAUGGUAAGGAAUUCGACAAAAUACAAAGAAUAAUCAAAACAAAGACCACAAAAGAAAUAGUUGAUUUUUAUUAUUGUAUUUGGAAGAGAACAAGUAGAUAUAAAGCUUGGAAAAGUAAUAGACAACUUUCCGAAUACAUUUUUUCCUAG